CACUCACCCUCCACACCCACUGCCGCCGCGGCGGUUAUCUCGUCGCAGCACAAUGAGGACCAAAAGUCGCCGACGCGGGAUGGAUCCUGCCGGAGCCGCACCCGAAGCCUCUAAGCGACCGAGGCUCGCUCUACAACGCUCUAAGAAACGCACCCCGCCCGCAGAACAGGCACCACCCCGAUACCGCCAGACAAACCUCGAUGACUUCUCAGAUGUUCGGCCGACUCAUGCAGCAUCCCGAGCUGCCCAGCGAAAUGGCACCGCUUCGGAUAAGCCGCCUCAAUUGCAGCCUAUUGGUGCAAAUGUGGUCGCGAGCUACGCAGAGCUGGUACAACGGAAGAGGCGCGGAAAGGCCAAGAGGGGUGGACGGAACGAUUAUACGACGGACAAUAUAUCCGGAUCUGAGCGGGGAGCUAUGCCACUGGGGAACUCGAGGGCGGGCAUGUCUGCCACAGACGUCGUCUUCUGCUCCGAGCCCGUCCUGCGCAUGUAUGAUGGGACAGCGGAUGAACCGGAGGCGCCGGAAGUUAGAACAGGACAGAUACCACCGUAUCCUGUGACGAGGCCCUAUCAUCUCGGCGGCCUAGGGCGCUAUGGCAUCGAUGGCAAAUUCGAAUCGGCUCGCAAUGACACCAAUCGGGGAAGUGCCAAUGAAGCACGGAUACUUUCCCCGCCGCGAGAAUUCACUCCUAUCAAUCCCAGAAUUGCGGGCGUCACAGAACAGUCUUUACCCCAGUUCUCGCCUAUGCAAUUCCAGUCUGACGGCUUCAUCCACCUGAACGAUGAAGUGGAGGACGGUGGAGAGGACGAGAUGGAUAAGGACGAGGAAUACAAGGACAGAAUGGAAGUGGAUGCAGAUCAAGACGAGGAUCAGAACGCAGAGAGCGAGGAUACCCCAGGAAAACAUUACCGCUUCAAUUUCGGCCAGUACAAGGGAACACCUUUCAGCGACGUCCUAUCCGACGUCAACUACCUUAAAAUGAUAGGCGGGCAGCCAGCUCUGCUCAACCGUCGCGGUGGCGAUUUACGAUCAGCAUUCGAGUAUUACUGCCCGCAAUAUAUUGCAAAGUCGACCCGAAACAACGCCAAUCACUUGUCAGCCGCCUCAAUCCCGAAUGUACCGAUGAGUAAUCCCCUUUCCCGCUCAAGUCUGCCCGUCAGGAAUGAUAGACCUCGCACGCGCGAUCCGAAACACCCGAAGGACUACGUGUUCGACUUCGGAAAAUAUUCAGGAACAAGAUUUGACGAAGCUCCGGGGCACUACUUGCAAUUGAUUGAAGGGCAAGUGCGAAAGGGCUUGAUGGACAAGAGAGCCGGCUUGAGAGAGGCGUAUGAGUGGCAUUGGUGGGGUGGGAAGAAUGAGUGAAGAUAGCGGUGAGGGUAAAGGCUGGUGUAAAAGGAUCUUAUAUGAUUAAUACCCGCUUUGAAUGACUGAGUGUGCGAGACUUGCGGAUAGGAACCCGGGUUCCUGGAACGAGUAGUCGCGAUCUCUACAAUAGGAAGGGAAUGUCUGCGAGUAGCAUAGGCUAUAUGAUAUGUAUUUGGGGAGCAAACGGUGGUAAUGAGUAG